AUGGCAGAUGCAAUUCAAGUUAGUUCGCUACCUCUACCACCUAUGCAGUAUGUGAACCAAUACACAGACGAAAUAAUAAGACGAGGUAGGGCUCCUAAACCACCACCACCUAUUCAAGACACAUAUCACAUGUUUGGUAAUGCUUUUAAUCCUGAGGAAAGCAUAAUUAGACCUUUAGAAAGUCAGGGCAUUAAACGAUUGUACCCUGUCCAUUUUGAUAGAAGAAGAGAGUUGAAGAAAUUAAAUCAGUCUUUACUAGCAAACUUCUUGGACCUUCUCGAUCUACUAGUUAACUGUCCAGAAUCUCCAAGACGUGCGGAAAAAGUUGAAGAUCUUAGUUUGUUAUUUAUACACAUACACCAUUUGUUAAACGAAUUUAGACCCCAUCAGGCCCGUGAAACGUUAAGGGUUAUGAUGGAACUUCAGAAAAGGCAGCGAAUAGAGACGGCAAAUAGAUUUCAAAAGCAUCUGGAUAAAGUGAUGGAUAUCCUUCAACAGGCCAUCCAAAAUCUUCCAGAACCGAUGGAAAUAGACUCUAAACUUAUGAUUGAAACAGAUCUUUUAAUGAAUCAAGAAAAAUCUGAUUCUGACGAGAGCCAAGCAGAUCCGUGUUAUAUUUUAGACAGAAUUAUGUGUAGUAUUGUUGACAAUAUGCAAUAGUUUUUAAUUUCGCGUUGGAUUAUAUAAUUUUUGUUAAUAUAUUUUUAAAAAAA